ACAUGAUUAAUUGAUGUUUUCGAACAAAAUUAGUGUGGAGGUUUGUGUAUAGAUAAGAGUUCUCUGGCAGUUAUUCAACAUUAACCGAGUCGUGGGAAAUCAGCACGCUAUUUAGACUUGUGCACGAGUGUUUUUGACCAGUUUCACACAUUCCAGCUCAGAGCCAAGACUUCGAUUCUGCAGUCAUCUAACUGGAUGAUUUCCCAGUCGGGUAACUUUUUCGUUAAAUGGUAUUUCUUAUUUUGCCUUGAAAUAAUCGUAAUUUGUAUCUGUUGCAGGUUUUAUCAACACAAGCUCGGCGAUCAUAUUCCCCGAAAAAUGAGUCUGGAAAACAAGACGGAGGUCCAGGCCGGAAAUUCGUCCGUAUAUUUGACUAAAAUGUCAAAUAUAGAACUGGGGAUAAUGGUUGCACUUUAUGUGCUUCUUUUGGUGGCCAUCAUAACUGGAAAUGGACUCGUUCUGUCAGCGUUUUCCAUCAACAAACGCCUGCGCACUGCCACCAACACGCUUAUAAUGGGUCUGGCAGUCAGUGAUAUUCUUGUAGGCUUUGUCUCCAUUCCCUGCUGGUUGUACAUUUUCACAUUGUCCCACAAGCAAUCCCCAGUGAACCCAACAACGUAUCAGUUGUACAUCACGUUUGAUAUCUUCAUUGGCGCGGCCUCUAUACUUCAACUUACAGCGCUCACUUUCAAAAAAGAUCUGAAACUGUCUGUCACGCUGGCUUUCAUUACAGGAUUGUUCGUUGUUGCCUGGCUACCGCUCUUUGUUGUGACAAUGAUUGGCACGUAUUACAAACAAUACCUCCCUCCCACCCGCGGGACGGAUCGCGUGCUCCAGUUUGUCAAGUUUUGUCACUAUAGCAACAGUGCACUAAACCCAAUUGUGUACGCUUUCAGGAAUAAUGAGAUGAUCUCAACCUUCCGCUACAUUGCGCAUCUUUUGCUUUGUAAAGUGCAACAGGAGCCUUUCUCUAGAACCUCGUCUUUUAAAACGAUCUCGAGAAGAUACUCGUUGCAGAGCAGUCUGAAAAGAUCUUCCACCAAGAGUGGAAGUGGUAGAGAAAACAAAAAAGAAGAAAUCAAAAGAAACAGUAACCGUGCAAAGACAAGUGAAACGAUGGUGUUUUUGUAUACAACUGUUUAACUUUAAGAACACAAACGGGGCGUUAUCUCAGGCUCCGUCCACACUAUGCCGGAGAAAUUUAAAAGCGGAGUUUUCACUCUGAAAAGGCAUCAAGUGUUUUCCAUCCUCACUAAGCCGAAGAAAUUUAAAAACGCAACAAUCACCGGUUAUUUUGGAUUUGU